CGCCUGCGCGUAGCUGCGCGAACGUUGGCCCGUGGCGGGGAAUGGCGGCGUCUUCCAGUGGCGAGAAGGAGAAGGAGCGGCCGGGCGGCGGCUCGGGAGCUGCAGGAGGUAACAGCACGCGUGAGAGGCUGCUGUCUGCGCUGGAAGAUCUGGAGGUCUUGUCGAGAGAACUUAUAGAAAUGCUAGCGAUUUCAAGAAACCAAAAGUUGUUACAGUCUGGAGAGGAAAACCAGGUCCUGGAGUUGUUAAUUCAUAGAGAUGGGGAAUUUCAAGAACUAAUGAAAUUGGCACUUAAUCAGGGAAAAAUCCAUCAUGAAAUGCAAGUUUUAGAAAAAGAAGUAGAAAAAAGAGACAGUGAUAUUCAGCAACUACAAAAACAGCUAAAGGAAGCGGAACAGAUACUGGCAACAGCAGUUUACCAAGCAAAAGAAAAACUCAAGUCAAUAGAAAAAGCAAGAAAAGGUGCUAUCUCCUCUGAAGAAAUAAUUAAGUAUGCACAUAGGAUUAGUGCAAGUAAUGCUGUGUGUGCCCCACUGACCUGGGUCCCAGGGGACCCACGGAGACCAUACCCAACUGAUUUGGAGAUGAGAAGUGGAUUAUUGGGCCAGAUGAACAACCCUUCCACUAAUGGAGUGAACGGUCAUCUACCAGGGGACGCACUUGCAGCAGGCAGAUUGCCAGAUGUCCUUGCUCCACAGUAUCCAUGGCAGUCAAAUGAUAUAGCAAUGAAUAUGUUACCACCAAAUCACAGUAAUGACUUUUUGUUGGAACCUCCAGGACAUAACAAAGAAAAUGAAGAUGAUGUAGAGGUUAUGUCAACAGACUCCUCAAGCAGCAGUAGUGACUCUGAUUAAAAAAGCGUAAGACAAUAACAUACACAAUUGAAUAAUAUAGAAUUCUGUUUCUUAAAUAAUUUGCAAACCUGUAAAAAUAGCCAGGUGAUAAUCGGCUAUAGUGGAAUUGUGCUGCCUAUUAAAAAUCACAGUGGACUUUCUUUUUAAAACCAAAAAUCAUGGUUUCAGUUCUAAACCACUAAUGAAUAUUUAGAGACAAUCAAAAUUUACUGUUGGAAAAAAAGAGUAUUCAGUUCAGUGCUGUCUUGUUCUGUUCCAGUUGUGUUGGACUUGUGCAUAGCAGUUCUGGAAACAAGAUUUUAGGGAAAUGACCCAUGUACAUAUCACUAAUAGGCCUGCUGGAAUUAUUGAGAAAAGCAUAAACAAAGGCAGCAGAUCACUGAAUGUGCAUAAUAACUCAAAAUAACAGAAACCCUCAUUUGAAAGUAAAGGCUGUUAGCUUCUGUCACAGGAACAGGAGAAAUUGUCUCAAUUUGUACUAUUUGUAAUUAUUGUAUAUUUUGUAAAUUCACUUUUGUUUGUACUUUU